GAUUGGCAGCCCCCGGCAGUGCCCCGGCGGGCCCCGGGCGGCGGGCGCGGUUCGUCUGGGCGCUCGGGCUGCUGCUGGGAGCGAACCAGAACGGCGGCGGCGGGGCCGGUCACCUCGGGCUGCAGUCUCUGUGCUGGAGCUGUCUUUGUUCCUGCCAGCCGCUGCCUUCCAGCCUCGCUCACCCUGGGAUCGCUCCGGUGCCUGCCUCCGGCUGGGCAGGUUUGCAGCUGGAGCCGCUGGGUGCUUGUGCCAUGAAGUACAUCCUGGUCACCGGGGGAGUCAUCUCGGGCAUCGGCAAAGGGAUCAUUGCCAGCAGCAUCGGCACCAUCCUCAAGUCCUGCGGGCUGCGGGUGACGGCCAUCAAGAUCGACCCUUACAUCAACAUCGACGCCGGCACCUUCUCGCCGUACGAGCACGGUGAAGUGUUUGUGUUGAACGAUGGUGGAGAAGUGGAUUUAGAUUUGGGCAAUUAUGAGAGGUUCUUGGACAUCAAUCUGUACAAGGAUAACAACAUCACCACUGGGAAGAUCUAUCAGCAUGUCAUCAACAAGGAGAGGCACGGGGAUUACCUGGGCAGAACUGUCCAAGUUGUUCCACACAUCACUGAUGCAGUGCAGGAAUGGGUGAUGACUCAGGCAAAGGUUCCAGUGGAUGAUGACAGAGAGGAGCCACAGAUCUGUGUGAUUGAGCUGGGUGGAACCAUUGGGGAUAUUGAAGGGAUGCCUUUUGUUGAAGCUUUCAGACAGUUCCAGUUCAAGGCCAAGAGAGAGAACUUCUGCAACAUCCAUGUCAGCUUAGUGCCACAGCCUAGUGCCACUGGUGAGCAGAAGACCAAACCGACGCAGAACAGCGUCCGAGCGCUGAGGGGCCUGGGCCUGUCUCCGGAUCUGAUUGUGUGCAGAAGUGCAAAGCCCAUAGAGAUGGCAGUGAAGGAGAAGAUUUCCAUGUUCUGCCACGUGGAGCCUGAGCAGGUGAUCUUCAUCCAUGAUGUUUCUUCCACUUACCGAGUCCCAGUGCUGCUGGAGGAGCAGGGCAUCAUGCAGUACCUGAAGGAGAGGCUGAGUCUGCCCAUUGCUGAGCAGCCCAGUGAGCUCCUGCUGAAGUGGAGGAGGAUGGCAGACAGGUACGAGCGGCUGCGGCAGGAGUGCUCCAUAGCCCUGGUGGGCAAGUACACGAGGCUCAGCGACUGCUACGCUUCCGUCGUCAAGGCCCUGGAACACUCUGCCCUGGCAAUUAACCACAAGCUGGAUGUAAUGUACAUAGACUCCACAGAGCUGGAACCUCCUGCAGAGGCAGAGGACUCCGUGAAGUACCACCAGGCAUGGCACAAACUGUGCAGGGCAGAUGGCAUUCUGGUGCCAGGAGGGUUUGGCAUCAGGGGAACAGAAGGCAAGCUCCGAGCUAUCUCCUGGGCAAGGACGAAGAAGAAACCUUUCCUGGGGGUCUGCCUGGGCAUGCAGCUGGCAGUGGUGGAGUUUGCAAGGAACUGCUUGAAUUGGCAAGAUGCAAAUUCUACAGAGUUUGACCCAGACACCAGAAACCCUGUGGUUAUUGACAUGCCAGAGCACAGCCCUGGAGAUGUGGGUGGCACCAUGAGGCUGGGGAAGAGGAGGACUGUGUUCAAAACAGAGGAUUCUGUGCUCAGGAAGCUGUAUGGUGGUGAAGGGUUUGUGGAGGAGCGGCACAGGCACCGCUAUGAGGUCAACCCAGAACUGACUCAGAGCUUUGAAGAGAAAGGUUUGAAGUUCGUUGGCCACGAUACGGAAGGGAACAGAAUGGAAAUCAUUGAGCUGGAGAAUCAUCCAUACUUUGUGGGGGUUCAGUUCCACCCAGAGUUCUCCUCCAGACCUAUGAAGCCUUCACCUCCCUACCUGGGGCUGCUGCUGGCAGCCACUGGGACGCUCAGUGCUUACCUGCAGCGUGGCUGUAAACUCUCUCCCAGUGACAGCUACAGUGACCUCAGCGACGACAGCUCUCCAGAAAAAGACUUCCCUAGUGCAGAAAGAAGCUGAAGUGGUUGCAGGAGAGCACAGAAAUGGAUGAUGCUGAGUGUGAGCUACCUUCCCUUGGGGCCCAGAGGAACCACUUCUCCUCUAUUCAUCUACAAGGAAGUCAUCUCCAGUACGUUCUGGCUGCUUGCUCUUGAAAUUCCUGGUGGAUUGCUGGAUGGACUGACCCAGCUGCCCUGCUGCUGGAACUCUGUGUGUGAAAUUGGCUUUCAUCUUGUACCAGCCCUGUGCCUUUCAUCUCCACUCUUUGAUGGCUUCUUUGGAUGUGCAGUGUUCUCUCGUCCUGUGCCAUCCCAGUUCAGCAGAGGAAAUUGGCUGCCUCACUGCAGUGCUGCUCAGGUGCUCACAUGGAUUUGGAUCAGAGCCUGGGAAAACAGCUUGGCCUGAAGUACAGACAGCUCCAUCCUGCUGCCUGGGACACUGCACGGGAAGGGAUUCCAUAGACUGUCUUAGUGCAGCAAAGCCUGAACCUCGUGUGCAGGGCAGGGCACACACAGCACAGCCAGGGGGGUUGCAGUGGCUGCAGAGAAGGAGACUCCACAGCCUCUCUGGGCAGCCUGCUCCAGGCCUCUGCCACCCUCACAGCCAAAAAGCUUCCCCUCCUCUUGCCUUGCCACCUCCUCUGCCCCAGCUUGCCCCCAGUGCCCCUUGUGCUGCCCUGGGCCAGCCCUGAGCAGAGCCUGCCUGCGUCCUGCCCACACUGCCCUGCACAGCUUGGGCACAGCACUGAGGGCAGCCCUCAGGCUGCUCUGCUGCCAGCUGCCAGCCCCAGCUGCCUCAGCCUGGCCCCACAGGAGAUGUUCCCUGCCUGCAGAGCUCUCUGCCUCUGGGCUGGGCUCUCUCCACCACUGCCCUCAGCUCCUUCUUGGCCUGAGGGGCCCUGAGCUGGGCACAAGAUUGCAGCUGUGGCCUCAGCAGGGCAGAGCAGAGGGCAGGAGAACCUCUCUGCACCUACUCACCACAGCCCUUCUGAGCCGGCCCAGACUGCCCUUGGCCUUCUUGGCCAGCAAGGCACAUUGCUGGCUCCUGGGCACCCUUCUGCCCCCCAGCACCCCCAGGUGCCUUUCCCCUCUGCUGCUCUCCACCAUCUCAGUCCCGGCACAGGUCCAUGGGGUUGUUCUCUCCCAAAUGCCAGGCUCUAACUAAGCAAUUCCAAAGUGUUAACCACUUCAACACCAAUCCUGUUUGGGUCCCA